CCCUGCCGCUCGUUUUCAAUUUGUUGCUCGAUCAUGCGCGGUGUCGCUUAUUUGCUGUGUGUGUGGAUAGUGUUUCGUGAUGGCCGUUGAACUGGGUGAACUGUUGCAAGUUUUACAUGCUGACGCUUAGGUAUAUGUAAAGAUGUAUGCAGAGCAACACUUGCCUUCCUUUGCGAAGUUCUUGCCUACCACAACGACUGCCCACCAGCUUCAACGCAGAAGCCUCAGCUGUCCCUGGAAGGCGGUCCGGGGUCGUCACCAAGGCCCUUGUGGCACCAGUGUCGCUUGUGCGCACAUAUGCUUCGAAGUGGUGAACCAACCUGGUGACGCACGAACGGGUGCACACCGACUGCCCACCAGCUUCAACGCAGAGGCCUCAGCUGUCCCUGAAAGGCGGUUCGAAGUCGUCAGCGAGGCCCUUGCGGCACCAGUGUCGCUGGUGCCCAUACGCUUCGAAGUGGCGAACCAACCUGGUGACGCACGAGCGGGUGCACACCGGCGAGCGACCGUAUCAGUGCCCUCAUUGCCCGGCCGCUUUCACCCAGAGCAGCAGUCUCAAUGUCCACCUCCGCUUGCAUGGCCAGCCGACACCAGCGGCACGACGCAACAGGCUUCCCCGCAACAGGCUUCCCCGCCCUACCUUUGACCGCACGACGCAUUGACACCGCAGUCAUUCCUGCAAGUGCUCUCACAACGCUGUGAUUAUUCGGGACGAGUUGACAGAACAUUACUUGUUUUUCAUGUCUUUGACCUUGUUUCUGCUUGUAAUGUUUAGUCCUGUACCAGUAUUGCUUUAUAGUCAGUAUGGAAAUAUUUAUGCAAGGCAAGUAUUGAAUCAAUCCAGAAAUCUAGAGUACGUUCUGGAAACCUCGCAAUGUUUCAUUUUAAAUAGGACUUGUUGCCGACAAAACUGCAUCUUAAAGGGGUAACACAAUUCUUAUGCUAUUCAAGUUAUCCUCAAUCACCCCGGUGUCCACAUUGCACUCCCCAAUUAAUGACUACCUCAGAGUAAUCAACACUAAUGUUGAAGGCCAUGCAUUUGGUAUUGCAGGCACUGGAAGCGACAUCAUAGUUACCUUGUUUUGGACACCACUCAGGGGGUCUGUGACAGAGCUGUGCAGCAGUCUUAGAUCUCAUGCUCUGUUGUACCACCUGCCCGGUUUAAGUGAGAAAGAAGCGUACUCAGAGAGGGUGCCGUGGUUCCACAAAUAGUGUUGGCUGUGUGGUGCAAAGUGGCAGUAUUGGUGAUGUCUUCUGUAUGAAAAUGCAAUAAAAUUUCACAAACUAGAUUUUUCUGUUGAUGCAAUGCAAUGAACUUUCUUUAUAAUACCAGACGUUGAUUAUGAUUCUUUAACUUUAAAACAUACAUUUUAAGUCGUGGGAUAGGGUACAACAUUUUCACAGUAGCACAACCAAUCCGAUCCAAUGUUUAGACAAUUUCUUGCACUUACGAAAGUUCUGUUCUCCAUCAACUUGAUGCACUGGGCACUAAGCAAUAAUCAGUUCUCGGGCUAUUUUUCUAAAAGUGUAUCAUUGCUUUCUGUGUGCGUA